ACCAUCUUGUAAACUGGGCCCAUCCUUGUGGCGAUCACUGGAGGAGACUACAGGAGGGGUCUUCCUAUUGAGAGAGGCACUCAUGUUGGACAAUCUUGAACACGCUCGGUCGACAAUGACAGUGGUUUCCGCUUCCUACCAUGGUCCACCCGCGUGACGGCCAGAGUGUCGUCGACAAUCAGCCAUGGUCAUUUUGCAACAGGGUGACUAUGUGUGGUUGGACCUCAAGACGGGCCGGGAGUUUGACGUUCCUGUGGGGGCGGUGGUCAAACUGUGUGACUCGGGUGAGAUCCAAGUCGUGGAUGAUGAAGGCCGGGAACACCGGAUCUCGCCUCAGAACGCUGGCCACAUCAAGCCCAUGCACCCCACCUCCAUCCAGGGUGUGGAGGACAUGAUCCGACUAGGAGACCUCAACGAAGCCGGCAUCCUGCGCAACCUUCUGAUCCGCUACAACGAGCGCGUCAUCUAUACAAAUUGUGGCGGAAGGACGUACACGGGUUCCAUCCUGGUGGCCGUCAAUCCCUACCAACUGCUGCCCAUAUACACACCCGACCAGAUCCGCCUGUACACCAACAAGAAGAUCGGCGAGAUGCCGCCGCACAUUUUCGCCAUCGCUGACAACUGCUAUUUCAACAUGCAGCGCAACAACAAGGACCAGUGCUGCAUCAUCAGCGGCGAGUCCGGAGCUGGCAAGACUGAAAGCACCAAGUUGAUUCUUCAGUUUCUGGCGGCCAUCAGCGGUCAGCACUCCUGGAUCGAGCAGCAGGUUUUGGAGGCCACGCCCAUCCUGGAAGCCUUCGGUAACGCCAAGACCAUUCGCAAUGACAACUCCAGCCGCUUCGGGAAGUACAUCGACAUCCACUUCAAUAAGCGAGGGGCCAUCGAAGGUGCCAAGAUAGAACAGUACCUGCUGGAGAAGUCCCGUGUGUGUCGACAGGCUUCAGAUGAGAGGAACUAUCAUGUUUUCUACUGCAUGUUAAAGGGCAUGCUCCCAGAGAUGAAAGCCAAACUGGGCCUGGGUCAGGCAGCAGAUUACUGCUACCUCACCAUGGGUCACUGCACCGAGUGCGACGGCCGCGAUGACCUGACCGACUACUCGGGCAUCCUGGCAGCGAUGAAAGUGCUCAUGUUCACUGAGACGGAGACCUGGGAGAUUUCCAAGCUGCUGGCCGCCAUCUUGCACAUGGGCAACCUGACAUUUGAGGCUCGCACCUACGCCAAUUUGGACGCCUGCGUGGUGGUUAGAUCCCCUGACCUGCUCACGGCCGCUUCUCUCAUGGAGGUGGAGCCCAAGGAUGUCAUGGUGUGUUUGACCACUCGAACCCUCAUCACGCGUGGCGAAAGUGUGGUUACGCCUCUCAGUGUGGGACAAGGCCUGGAUGUGCGCGACGCCUUUGUCAAGGGCAUUUACGGCAGAUUGUUUGUGUGGAUUGUGGACAAGAUCAACGGUGCCAUCUACAGACCGCCGUCCUGCCACGACGACAACGUCACGCGCCGCUCUAUCGGCUUGCUGGACAUCUUUGGCUUUGAGAACUUUAUCGUCAACAGUUUCGAGCAGCUCUGCAUCAACUUUGCCAACGAGAACCUCCAGCAGUUCUUUGUGCGCCACGUUUUCAAGCUGGAGCAGGAAGAAUACAACCUGGAGGACAUCAGCUGGAAGCACAUUGAGUUCACAGACAACCAGGAUGCGCUCGACAUGAUCGCCAACAAGCCCAUGAACAUCAUCUCCCUCAUCGACGAAGAGAGCAAGUUUCCCAAGGGAACCGAUGCCACCAUGUUGUACAAGCUCAACUCGCAGCACAAGCUCAACUCCAACUACAUCCCCCCAAAGAACAGCUACGAAAGCCGCUUCGGAAUCCAACACUUUGCCGGCGUGGUGCAUUACGAGACCAGAGGCUUCCUGGAGAAAAACCGCGACAGCCUCCACACGGACAUCAUUCAGCUCGUCCACUCGUCCAAGAACAAAUUCAUCAAGCAGAUCUUCCAACCCGACGUGGCCAUGGGUGCCGAGACCAGGAAGCGCUCGCCCACGCUUAGCAGCCAGUUUAAGCGCUCGCUGGAGAUGCUGAUGCGCACACUGGGCGCAUGUCAGCCCUUCUUCGUCCGCUGCAUCAAACCCAACGAGCUGAAGAAAGCCAUGGUGAGGCACUCCCGUCUCGGCCGGAGACAAAAGCCGGCUGCUGUUGGCCGCCUGUGGCCUCCACUCGCCUUUGCCUUUCUGGCCUUUCAGUUGUUCGACCGAGAGCUGUGCAUCAGGCAGCUGCGCUACUCGGGCAUGAUGGAGACCAUCCGCAUCAGACGGGCCGGUUAUCCCAUCCGAUAUUCCUUUGCCGAGUUUGUGGACCGCUACCGAGUCCUCGUGCCCGGCGUCAAACUUGCCGACGUACAGGAAGACCUGCGAGGAACUUGCCGGCAGAUCGUCCUGGCCACAUUGGGAAGGCACGGAGACUGGCAGAUUGGAAAAACCAAGAUUUUCCUCAAGGACCACCACGACAUGGAGCUGGAAAUGGAGCGGGAUAAAGGCAUCACCGACAAGGUUGUCCUCAUCCAGAAAGCGGUGCGCGGACUCAAGCAGAGGACUAACUUCCUCCGGCUGAGAAGUGCUGUGACCGUCAUCCAGAAGAUGUGGCGAGGUUAUCGCUGCAGGAACCAAUACAACAUUAUGCGGCACGGCUUCCUGCGUCUGCAGGCUGUCUACCGGGCAAGGAAGUUCUACAGCAGCUACCGGGCCACCCGCCGGUGCGUGACCCUCAUCCAGGCCCGCUGUAGAGGCUUCUUGGUCCGCCGGGCCUUUUGGCGCCGUCUCCAAGCCGUGUUGACCAUCCAGGCCCAUGCCAGGGGCAUGAUAGCCAGACGCCUGGGCCGCAGGCUCAGGGCGGAGCUGCAUCAUCGCUUGGAGGCCGAGCGUCAGCGUCUGGCGGAGGAGGAGCGGCUCCGCGACCAGAUGACGGCGAGGCGCGCCAAGGCCGAGGCGGAGCGCAAUCACCUCCAGCGCCUGCUCCAGCUGACCCGCCAGUGCGAGGAGCGUGAGCGCCAAGAGCGGGAGGAGGCACGCAGGAAGAAGGAGCUGCUGGAGCAGAUGGAGCGGGAGCGCGAGCAGCCCGUGGACCACUCGGAGAUGGUGGACCGCGUCUUCGGGUUCCUGGGCAACCCUGGACCGCUUCCCCACCAGGACGGGCAAGCCCCCGCUGGCUUUGAGGACCUGGUGAACGUGCCCCGGGGCGACGAGGCCGCGGCCGAUGUGGUGAACCAAGCGCUUCCACUGCCGGAUGAGGACAACGAGGAUCUCUCAGAGUACAAGUUCUCAAAGUUCGCGACGACGUAUUUCCAAGGCGUCUCCACCAACACGUACAUCAGACGGCCGCUGAAGCAGCCGCUGCUCUUUCACGAGGACGAAGGAGACCAAUUGGCCGCCUUAGCAGUGUGGAUAACCGUUCUGCGAUUCAUGGGCGAUCUGCCCGAGCCCAAAUGCCAGCUGGUCCUCAAUGACGGCAGUGAGAAGAUCCCCGUCAUGACCAAGAUCUACGAAACCCUCGGGAAGAGGACGCACAAGAAGGAACUGCAGGAGCUGCAGUUUGACGCAGAGAACAGCGCCAUAGAUACUCAGAAGAGGAACCGUAUUCGGCACAAACUUGUGUCUCUCACCCUGAAGAGAAAGUCCAAGAUCACAGAAGAGGUGACCAGGCGCUUGACCGAGGGGGACCACGGCCUCCAGGGGAACAGCAUGCUAGAGGAGCGGCCCACCUCCAACCUGGACAAACUUCACUUUAUCAUUGGCAACGGCAUCCUCAGGCCCGCCCUCAGAGAUGAGAUCUAUUGUCAGAUCUGCAAGCAGCUGACUCAGAAUCCGUCCAAAAGCAGUCACGCCCGCGGCUGGAUCCUCCUUUCUCUCUGUCUGGGCUGCUUUGCACCCUCAGAGAAGUUUGUCAAGUAUUUGCGGACCUUCCUGGUCAACGGCCCGCCCGGCUAUGCUCCGUAUUGCGAGGAGCGACUGCGCAGGACGUUUGUCAACCACACGCGGACGCAGCCGCCGUCCUGGUUGGAGUUACAGGCCACCAAAUCAAAGAAGCCCAUCAUGCUGCCCGUAACGUUUAUGGACGGAACCACCAAGACUCUGCUGGCCGACUCGGCCACCACGGCCGGCGAGCUGUGCGGCGCUCUGGCUGACAAGAUCAACCUCACCGACCGCUUCGGGUUCUCGCUGUACAUCGCUCUCUUCGACAAGGUGUCAUCGCUGGGCAGCAGCAGCGACCACGUCAUGGACGCCGUCUCCCAGUGCGAGCAGUAUGCCAAGGAGCAGGGCGCUCAGGAGCGCAACGCCCCCUGGAGGCUGUUCUUCAGAAAGGAGAUCUUCACGCCGUGGCACGACCCCACCGACGACGACGUGGCCACCAAUCUCAUUUAUCAACAGAUCGUGCGAGGGGUGAAGUUCGGAGAGUAUCGCUGCGAGAGGGAGGCGGACCUGGCCGAGCUCGCCUCUCAGCAGUAUUAUGUGGAUUACGGCGUGGACAUUCUGUAUGAUCGCCUCCUCAGCCUCAUCCCCUCCUACAUCCCAGACAGAGAGAUCACCCCGGCCAAAACGGCCGAGAAGUGGGCUCAGCUGGUUGUCAGCGCCCACAAGAAGGGCCUGCACGACAAGAGAAGGUCUGGUAUGCAGAAGGUCAAGGAGGAUGUGGUAUCUUUUGCUCGACUCAAGUGGCCUUUGCUGUUCUCACGCUUCUACGAGGCCUUCAAAUUCUCAGGGCCCAGUCUGCCCAAGAAUGAUGUGAUCGUGGCGGUAAACUGGACCGGCGUUUACUUUGUCGACGAGCAGGAGCAGGUCCUGCUGGAGCUGUCUUUCCCGGAAAUCAUCGCUGUCUCCAGUAGCAGAGGAGGGAAACUCCAAGGCCAGAGUUUCACAUUGGCCACCAUCAAAGGAGACGAGUACACCUUCACGUCCAAUAAUGCCGAAGACAUCAGAGACCUCGUCGUGGCCUUCCUCGAAGGUCUGAGGAAGCGCUCCAAGUUUGCGGUGGGACUAGUGAACUGUCCCGACCCGGCAGGCAUAGAUUCCACAUUCCUGAGUUUCUCCAAGGGGGAUCUCAUCAUCCUGGACCAACACGACGAUGGUGAGCGUGUGACGAACUCCGGCUGGGCCCACGGCGUCAACGACAGGACCAAACAGCGAGGAGAGUUUCCGGCUGACCGCGUCUACAUUCUGCCCACUGUCACUAGACCUCAAUAUGACAUUGUGGCGCUGGUGACCAUGACUCCGGAUCAGCGCCGGGAAUCGGUUACGUUGUCUCAUAUGGGCCUCGCCACCAGUGAGGAUAAAAGCAAAGACUACACGCUGGAGGAGUUCUCCUACGACCACUUUAGACCUCCUCCAAAGAGUACUCUGAGCCGGGUAAUGAUCUCCAAGACUCGAGGGAAGGAACGUCUGUGGAGCUGCACCCGGGAGCCUCUCAAGCAGCCUCUCCUCAAGAAGGUCUUGGCCCACGAGGAGCUUUCCCAGGAGGCGUGCCAGGCCUUCAUGGCCAUGAUGAAGUACACGGGUGACUACCCUUCCAAACGAGCGCGCUCGCUCAACGAACUCACCGACCAGAUCUUUGAGGGGGCGCUGAAGGCCGAGCCACUCAAAGAUGAGAUCUUCUGUCAAAUUGUCAAACAGCUCAGCGACAAUCACGUCAAGUACAGCGAGGAGAAGGCAUGGGAGCUGUUGUGGCUCUGCACAGGCUUGUUUCCUCCCAGCAACAUCCUGCUGCCUCACAUCCAGAAGUUUCUCCAGGCCAAGAAGCACCACCCUCUGGCACCAGACUGCAUGCAGCGCUUGCAGAAAGCCCUCCGGAACGGCUCAAGGAAAUAUCCUCCUCACUUGGUGGAGGUGGAAGCCAUCCAGCACAAAACCACCCAGAUCUUCCACAAAGUUUAUUUCCCGGAUGACUCGGACGAGGUCUUCGAAGUGGAGUCGAGCACCAAGGCCAAAAGCUUUUGCUACAACAUUUCGGGACGCCUGAUGCUCAAGUCAUCGGAGGGUUUCAGCCUUUUUGUCAAGAUCACAGAUAAGGUCAUCAGUGUGCCAGACGGUGACUUCUUCUUUGAUUUUGUGCGCCACUUGACCGACUGGAUCAAGAAAGCCAGACAUGUGAAAGAAGGCGUGCUGCCUUUGCUGACCUACCAGGUGUUCUUCAUGAAAAAGCUGUGGACCAACACCAUGCCUGGCAAAGACUCCAUGGCUGACUCCAUUUUCCACUACUACCAAGAGGUGCCAAAGUACCUGCGAGGCUACCACAAGUGUUCUCAGGAGGAAGUGCACCAGCUGGCAGCGCUCAUCUACAGGGUCAAGUUUGACGACGACGAGUCUCACUUUCACAACAUGGCCAAGAUCCUCAAAGACCUUGUUCCUCAGGACCAGAGCCGUCAUCUCUCCGCCGAUGACUGGAAGCGAUCCAUCACGUCACACUUCAACAAGCAGUCUGGAAAGACGAGAGAAGAAGCCAAAGUGUGCUUCCUCAAAAUCAUCUACAAGUGGGCCACUUUUGGUUCCGCCUUCUUUGAGGUCAAGCAAACUACGGAUCCAAAUUACCCGGAAAGCCUCCUGAUCGCUAUCAACAAGCACGGGGUCAGUCUGAUUGACCCAAAGUCAAAGGACAUCUUGACCACACACCCAUUCACCAAGAUCUCCAACUGGAGCAGCGGCAACACUUAUUUCCACAUCACCAUUGGCAACCUGGUGCAAGGCAGUAAACUGCUGUGCGAAACCUCGCUGGGCUACAAAAUGGAUGACCUGCUGACCUCAUACAUCAGUCAGAUGCUAACCACCAUGACCAAACAGCGAAGCUCUCGAGGUAGCAGCAAGUGAACGACCGACCGGCGGUGCCAUCUUGGCUUUUGUGACAGAGCGCCGACGUCAUCUUGGCCCUUAACGCUCACCAGUUGCCUUGCGGUUAGCCUUUCUUUUACUUCUUUUGUUAGUUACACCCAACAGCUUCAUGUUACAAUGUUAUCGACGAACUUUUUUCGAACUCUUUUCAUCAGCGGAUCCAUUUUUUGUGGUUUUAGCAGCCGUUUCGGUAAGCUUGAUGGCGAGCUCGUGUCUAUGUGUUUUCACCAAGCUAGCUAGCCAAGCCCCUCUAAGUAGCUUUUCAUCUUUCAGUGUGUGAACAAGUAAGCCAACAACUAGGGGUGUAACGAUUCAUCAAUACACAUCGAUUAAUCGAUAUAAUGCUCUACAAUUUAUUGGCAUCGACGCUAAACGUAAACAUCGAUUUAUAUCGCCGUGUUUGACCUCGGACAUUAGACGCGACUUUAUUUUGAAAUCCAGUUCAUUGUUGCUUGCUUCCUCUUUCCGGGAGCAGUGCGGGGGCGUGUUGUGUUGUGAGCAGAGCAGGCACGUGAAAGGGGAGUCGACAACUAGUACGCGGCUCCUGGAUUGGUGCUAUGGCUAGUGUCCAAAAAGACGAGGAAAUUGGCUCCCCUUUAGGCUUCGAGUCAUUCUUUGGAAGCACUUUGGAUUCCAAAGAAAAGAUGACUCAACGGACAAGACACGUGCAGUUUGUAAAUCCUGCCAUCCGGUGAUCAAAUAUUCAGGGACCACAAAUCAGUGUUAAAAUAAGCACUUUGUAUACUACAAUACUCUUGUAAUUUCCUAAAUAAAGAGUUUGCAGUACCUUGUUGAUUUUGCGUAUGAAUUGUUAUAAAUCAGGAUAUUGUUGUAUAUUUUUUAUUUGAAAAAAUAUAUAUAUCGAUCGUAGAGCAUUAUAUCGUGAUAUAUCGUGAAUGAAUCGCAGGAGGCUUUAAUAUAUCGGCAAAUAUCGUAUCGUAGUUCUUUGUAUCGAUAUAUCGUAUCGUGACAAAACCCGCAAUUUACACCCCUACCAACAACACACGACAGAGGCUUCCCCUCCCUUGUGACACACAAUCCCUUUUACUUCUACUUGCAUGUGCUUUAACCCAUUCAACAACAUGUUGUCCUCAUGUGGUUGGCAAUAAAUGACCUUGGAACAUAGUACAACAUGUUUUUAUUUGAGCAAAUGAGGGCUAAUGAGUUUGCCGCCUUAAGUAGUCACUGGCCAAAGUCGUGCUUUUGGCGGAGUUGCGGCGCUGGACACGGACCAAACGGCAGUUCGCUCUGUAACAUACGAAGCCAGUGUUUGGUUUCAUUCUGGAGAGAGACGUGUGGUGGAAAAGCCCAGUGACCUGAUUUGAGCUGAAUGUAGUUGUCUUCUUCCACCAUAUCUUUGAGUCCCGAGAGGCCAUUCAGAUCCAGCGGUCUCGUUGCUCUCCCCCUUUCAGGCAAAGGCAACACAAAGCAUGUAGCUAGGUGCAGUUCUUAAAAUGAUUUGUACCUAAAUAAAAGUAGAAAGUUGCAAGGUGAAGAUGGUCACGACCAGAAGCAGUGACAGCACAUCAGUGACCAGCCACAUGCCCUCAUACUCGUCGGAGCUCUAACAAAGCCAGAGGACAGUGAGUUCAAUCAAUUGUUCAGCCGUUGUCAUUCACCUCAAUUUGGUUAUAUGUAAAUGCCGCUUCCAUUUGAUUUUGUUUGGCCCUUGGCAAAUACGUCACUGCCAAUAGAGCAUAUUUUCUCCCCGACUUAGAAAGAAAGAAAGAAAGAAAGAAAGAAAGAAAGAAA